CAUUCUCCGCAGUCCAGUGACUUGAGUGAUACGUGUGUCACACUAGUGCUUCGAAUUCACAGUAGAAAGACCUUGAGCCGUGAUUGUUUGAAAUGUGAAAAAUAUUAUCUGAAAUAUAAAAUCUGAUAUGAAGUAUAAUAAUUUUGUUUUGAGCAAAAUCAUGGAUACAAAAGUUAAGUAUUUGCAAAGCAUUAACUUCACUCGACUGACAUUAAAUGAGAAAAUUGAAUUCAAAAGAAGAGGAAGACCUACGCCAAACUUGAAUAUUCAACAGAGUGGCACAAGCAGGAGUAAGGUGUACUCACGUCAGUUCAAUGUUUAUGUUUAUGAAAAAUGUGACUGGCUCUGUGGCUGUGAUGAAUCAAAUGCACUAUUUUGUUAUCCUUGUUUGCUUUAUGGUGGAGACUCAACCUGGACAGAAAUUGGUGUGACUGACUUGAACCAUUUGCAACAAAGAAUAAGAAAACAUGAACAAUGUGCUCAACACAUGAAUAAUAUGAUUGAUUUAACACUCUUGGGUAAAGUGAAUAUUGCAGCUCAAAUUGAUACAGCAAACAAACUUUCUGUUGCAGAGUAUAAUGAACGAGUGAGAAAAAAUAGAGAUGUUUUAUCAAAAAUCACAGAUUGUGUAAAAUUUUUUGGGAAGUUUCAGCUCCUCAGACGACACGAUGAAACCACAAGCUCGAAAAACCCAGAAAUAUUUCGUGGCUUGCUAGAUUUUGCCUGUGAAAUGGAUUCUAGUUUAAAAGCUCAUUUAAAUGAUGUGAGUACAGCAGCAGUUUUCAAAGGAACAUCAACAACCAUACAAAAUGAACUGCUAGAAUCUAUGUUCAACACAUGUCAAGAAAGAAUCAGGGAAGAAGUAAAUAAUGCAAAAUAUCUAGCAGUAAUGUGUGAGGAAAACACUGAUAUUGAUGGUAAAUUACAACUGGUAAUUGUGUUAAGGUAUGAAGUUCAAGGAAAACCAGUUGAAAGAUUCUGGGGAUUUUUCAACCCAGUCGACCAGACAGCAGAAGCCUCAGCCAGCGUGUUGCUUAAUGAACUCCGUACUCUGAUUGGCAAUAGCCCAGAGAAGCUUAUUGCACAAACAUAUGAUGGUGCACCUGCUUUAAGUGGAGUGAAUAGAGGUGCACAAGCAAGAAUAAAAGAAAUGUAUAAUAAUGCACAUUUUAUUCAUUGCUAUGCACACCAACUAAAUCAUAUUUUGGAACAGGCAACAUCACAAAAUAAGAGUGUAAGAAUAUUUUUCAAUAGCCUAUCAGGAAUACCAGCAUUUUUUUCAAGAUCUCCACAGAGAAUGGCUGCAUUGGAAAAUGUUGCCAGCCAUAUAAUUCCAAACCCAUCUGCAACACACUGGAAUUUUAAAAGCAGAACAGUCAAUGCAGUACACGAAAUGAAAGCUGCAAUAUAUGAAUAUUGCAAUACAUUGGAAGCAUCAAAUUCAAGAGAUAUUGGAUGUGCAGCAGCACGUAUCAAGAUAACUUUGAAUGAUCCAGAAUUUGAAUUUUGGCUCGAAUUUUUCUCCAAGGUAAUGCCUCACAUAGAUGUCCUAUUUUCUCAGUUUCAGUCAAGAAACAUUGAUGCAGUAAAGGCUAAUGUCUCCUUAAAUGUGUUUAACUCGACAAUUCAGAAAAUAAGAGAUGAAAGUGACGCUGUCAAGGAAGUGGCUUCAGGGCCAAAAAGAAAUUGCUCAGGAGAUAAAUCAGCUGCUGCAAAAGAAGUCUGUGAUGUAAUCAUGAAGCAAUGUAAAGAAAGAUUUAGUUUUGUUAAUCAUUUGGCAGCAAGUAGGCUACUUUUGGUAAGCAACUUUCCAAAGUAUGCUCGCAUUUUUCCCAGUAAUGAACUUGAACAAGCGGUUAAAGCUUAUCCCAUGCUUGAACAAAAAAAAUUGAGAACUGAACUUCGUGUACUCUACACAAGAGAAUAUUUUUGUAAUUCAGAAAGUCUCGUAGAUUUGUUAGAAAUUAUUAAUGAAAGCUGUCUCCAGUCAACACUCUCAGAAACUGUAAAGCUUAUCAAGAUAAUGAUAACAACACCAAUGAUAACAGAUGAGGUCGAAAGGUGCUUCUCAACCUUGAAAAGAAUCCAAACUUUCUUAAGGAAUACCGCGGUGGAUGACAGAUUAUCUGCUUUAGCAAUGAUAUCCAUUGAAAAUAAAAUGAUCACAGAAAUAAAGGACUUUAAUGAAAAAGUAGCUAAUCACUUUGCUACAUCAAAGUGCCGCCACAUAGAGUUUAUUUUCAAGUAAUGCCCAGCUGGGCCCCAGAGUAUUCACGCCAUCAACUUUAACUCACAAAUUGGACCCCAAGUGAACUCCAAGGAUGUGUUGUGUGAAGUCCUGCUCUCCUUCUGGGCCACAUCAGCCGCCACGCCCAGCAGAUGAGGGAAGUGCCGAUGGUCCAGCAGUGGGUCAGACACAAAACAGGGAAGGACGACACAUGCUUCAUAAUAUGUUGUGGUGAUUGUGGACACUCAACCAGGUACAACACCUGGCCGUUCACCCUCAGCUGCUGCACAUGCUCGAAAUCACCCCGGAGGUCUCCACUAUACAUCCCCAAGCACUUUUAAGAGGAAGACAUGCAAGACUUAACAUUUGGCAGCAACUAUCAUAGUAUAGGUGGAUCAUUUGAAGAUUAGGCACCCCAGUUUAUUUCACCUGAUGGUUAAUUACUGUAACAUUAACUUACUUUUCCCUAAUCUAAUCAAACCCAACUUAAUCCCUCCAGGUAGUAGCAGGGUAUUUAAUCAUCAUGUGAUAUAAGCUGGGGUACUUAAUGUAAUCCCCAUACACAAAUAUUAAGUCACAGUUCUGAGUAGCACCAAAAAGAUGUCCAGUUUAUUGUCAUUAUACAUCACAGUGAGAAGUAAUGAUCAAGAGAGUACAGAAAAUAACAUGAAAUAACACAUUAAUACAAUAAAAGAACAAAUGAAUAACAUCAAUGCAGAACACCCACCUGAAAGACAGCAUAAUGUUCUCGUUCAUCGGUGAAGAACAUGACAAAUGGCCCCUCCUGGAAAGUGGUAUUGUUUUAUGAGAUCAAGUAUGGGAUUAAAAGUUUGAUUGUGAAUAUUUUGGGGACCUAUGUGAGGAAGAUGAUUUAAAGUGAGUCUAUGUCUAAAAUUUGUGUAUAUUUAUGGGUUCAAACUUAGCCUAGUAAUGUUUUUGAGACCUGUAUAUGCGGGAUAAACACUGAAAGCUUCCAUGUAUAAAAAUUUACAAAUGUUUAAGAGAUCAAAGCUGAUAGGAGACAGAUUCUUUGACCAAUAAUAAACACUAAAGAUGUCCUCUCUCCAUAUAUAUAUCCAGGAUCCAAAAAAAAUGUGUGACUUAUUAUGAAACCCAGUUAUGACUCAUUAAAAAACACAAAUGUUACCAAUCUAUGCUUUCAAAUCCAAUUUAUUUAUUACUACUGAAAAUAUCCACAAAUAACUACUACUG